UCAGAAACGUUCAUCCUAACCCAGGCUCCAGCUCAGCAGGUGGCGAUAUACCUUAGAAGUGUUUGCAACGAAAUGACGCAUUAAUCCACCGAAGAGGAAAAUAAUGAAUUUGCUCAACUCGAACUGAUUCAACAAGCAGUGAGAAAUGGAGGUGGAAUGCUUUGUGUCCAAGACCCUAGAGCUCCUUCAGGAGGAGAGAGAAGCAGAGAUCGAGGAGACAAAACUAUGGCAGGAGAAUGUCUCUCUGAAAGAUCUCCAGAGUAAAGGCGUUUGUCUCCUGAAGCUGCAGAUAGGAAGCCAGUCAACUGGCCUUUAUGGACGAUCACUCCUCCUUCUGGAACCCAGAAAACACAUGGGCGUCUCUGUGCUGCCUAGCAACAACUUUGGACCCGGAGACAUAGUGGGUCUGUAUGACCUGGAUGGCUGUAAGCCGUCCUCCCAGCUGUGUACUGGUGUCGUGACCCGCAUCAGUCAGUCAGCUGUCACCGUGGCCUGUGAGGACUCGCCGGACGGACUCAACCUGGACACAGACGCUCUGUACAACCUCAUGAAGCUGGCUAACGAUGUCACGUACAAACGCAUGAAAAAGGCCUUGAACACUCUGAAUGGGUACAGCAGUGGACCAGCCUCGGAUUUGAUCAGUGUUCUCUUUGGCUAUUCAGAACCUGGCUCUAUAUCACAACCAAAUGAUCUGUCUUUCCUGAACAGUGGUCUGGAUGAGUCUCAGAGACAGGCGGUGUCGUUUGCUCUGUCUCAGAGAGAGGUAGCUGUAAUACACGGGCCACCAGGCACCGGCAAGACAACCACUGUGGUGGAAAUCAUCCUACAAGUGGUCAAACGGGGACAGAAGGUCCUGUGCUGUGCAGGUUCUAACGUGGCCGUGGAUAACCUGGUUGAGCGCCUGGCUAAGGCCAAAGCUAAGGUCCUGAGACUGGGCCACCCUGCCCGCCUGCUAGAGUCCAUUCAGAAACACUCGCUAGACGCCGUCCUCGCUCACAGUGACAACACCAACAUCAUCGCCGACAUACGCAAAGACAUCGACAAAGCUUUUAUGGGGAUGAAGAAGAUGAAUGACAAACGAGAUCGGAUCCACCUGAAGAGGGAGGUAGGAGAGCUGAGGAAAGAGCUGAGGACCAGGGAAGCUACAGCCAUUGCUGAGGUCCUCAAACGUGCUGAUGUUGUUCUAGCCACUAACACAGGUGCUAAUGAUGGUGGCCCUCUGAAGAACCUACCUGUAGACCAUUUUGACUGGGUGGUGAUCGAUGAGUGUGCCCAGGCGUUGGAGAGCUCCUGCUGGAUCGCUCUGCUCCGAGGCAGGAAGUGUAUCCUGGCUGGAGAUUACAAGCAGCUGCCACCCACCAUCAAGUCUCACACGGCUGCAUCUAAAGGCCUGUCUGUCAGCCUGAUGGAGAGGUUGAUCCUGAAGUAUGGCGACUCUGUAGUCAGGAUGCUGACAGUGCAGUACCGUAUGAACAGUAACAUCAUGACCUGGGCCUCAGAACAGAUGUACCAGGGUCAACUCGUCGCACACAGCUCAGUGGAGAAACACCUGCUCAAAGAUCUCCCAGGAGUAGCCAGUGUUGAAGAGACCAGCACCCCUCUCCUCCUCAUAGACACAGCAGGCUGUGGACUUAGUGAGAUGGAGGUGACAGACGACCAGUCCAAAGGAAACCAAGGUGAGGUGGACAUUGUGGAACUGCACAUCAAAGCGUUGACUGAAGCUGGGGUGAAACCUAAAGACAUCGCUGUUAUUGCCCCUUACAAUCUGCAGGUGGAUCUCCUGCGUCAGCGUCUCUCAGCGAGACAUCCUGAUCUGGAAAUCAAGUCUGUAGACGGCUUCCAGGGUAGAGAGAAGGAGGCUGUGGUGCUGACCUUGGUCAGAUCUAACAGGAAAGGUGAGAUAGGGUUCUUAGCUGAAGACCGGAGGAUCAACGUGGCGGUGACUCGAGCCAGACGUCACCUGGCCCUGGUGUGUGACACGCAGACCGUCCAGACCCACGGCUUCCUCAAGACCCUCAUCGAUCACAUGACCCAGCACGGCGACGUACGCACCGCCUUUGAGUACCUGCAGGACAUUGUGCCCCAGAACUACACCAGAGACCACCGAGAUACCAAGUCUAACAACACUAAAGCUACCGCUAGCAGCUCCACCUCCAACAAGCAGAAGGGCAGAGGCCAGGCUGGGAGCAAGGUGGAGCCAGGACACAAGAGGACCUCUGGGAGUAACAAGACCCAGGGAGGAGAGCCUCAGACAGGUUCGGAUCCCGGCACACACAGCCAAGCCAGACGUUCCACCCCCACAGAGGAGGAGCAGAGACUUACGCAGAUAAAAUACCUGGAGAUCAAGAACCAGGUGGAGUGGUUUCUCCAGGACCCAGACCAGACGGAGCUACGGUUUCCCUCGACCCUCAACUCCCACGACCGCCUGCUCGUACACCAGGUUGCAGAGGAGCUGGGCCUGAACCAUGAGAGCCAGGGAGAGGGAAAGGAUAGAUCCAUCACUGUCUCCAGACCCCCAACAGGGUCUAACGAGGCUGGGGAAGAAGAGGAGCAACAAGCCCAAGAACCAGCAGCCGUCCGGGAGGAAGAGAGUGUUACAGGGCCUCCUGUAGGGCAACCGGCAGCCGUCCUGGAGGAAGAGAGCGUUACAGGGCCUCCUGUAGGGCAACCGGCAGCAGAUCUCAAGACUUUACAUCUGGAACGAAUGAGACGGGAGCAGAAGAAGAGGGAGCAGAAGAUUGAGCAGGAGAAGCAUCUAGAUACCAUCCGUACAGCAGGACAGACUCAGACUGCUAAGAAGACCAAGGCAAAAGGAAAGACCAAAAAGACCAAAGCGGGGGCCUGUGAGAUCGCUGCGGCUGCGACAGCGGAUGCUGAUUUUGACACCCUAAUAGAUGCUGUGGUGAAGGCAGAACGCGUCUGUAGUUUUGUCAAGUGUAAAACGUUAGUAAUUCAUCUGGGACAACUCUGUCUGUUCUGCAACAGACAAUACUGCCUCGGUCACCACAUACCUGAGGUCCAUGGGUGUGGAGACCAAGCCAGGGCCAAUGCCAGGAUGAGGAUCAGUAAAGAAGGGGUUCUGUAUGCUGGUAGUGGACACAAGGACAAGUCUGUAGAUCCUAACAAGAAGGCCUAUUUACACAGGAAGCUGGACUCCAAACUCAAAGACAUGGAAAAGCAACGGAAGACCAAACCCAAAGAGAGUGACAAUAAUUGACCUUUGACCCUUUUAAUUCCAGUUUGUCAGUGACUGUAAGCUCUGAGGAUGACCCUUUGUGGACUGAAUAGAUAUCAUUAUUAAACAGAUUACUGCGAAAUCA